UAGCAUACACGUUAUCUAAUCAAACUUCAACAUCCAUGGCUAGGGCAAAUUCCACCAUUCCCAUCUGUUUCUUCAAGAUUAUUCUUCAAACCAAUCUUCAAACUAUUAAAAUACCAAAUAAGUUUACAAGGAGUCACGGAACUGGUCUCCCAAAUCCAGUGAUGAUCAAACCUCCUGAUGGCACUAAAUGGAAAGUAUUUUGGAAAAACAUCAAUGGUGAGAUUUGGUUUCAAAAGGGUUGGAAUAUUUUCACUCAAAAUUACUCUCUACAACAUGGUUGUUUUGUAGUUUUUAAAUAUAAAGAAGGAAGUUCAGAGUUAGAUGUAAUCAUACUUGGCCAGCAUGCAGUAGAAAUUGACUAUGAUUCACCACAUGACAGUUCUGAUGAUGAAGAUGAAAACCAUGACCAUAGUGAUGAUGAAUCAGUUGAGAUUUUGAAUGAAUUGCAUAAUCAGAAGAAGCCUAGAGAGAGUAAAACAUUUGCUUCUCCUAGAGCACAUAAAAAAGUGAGAGGUGAGAUUGAGAAAAAUAGUCAAAGAACUACAUCAUUGAAUAGGCCAAGGGAAUAUAGAGCUCGGGAAGUUGCCGAAGAAUUUAUCUCACGCAAUCCCUUUUUCACAAUUUCGAUCAAGCUUGCUAAUCUGGUAGCAAAUGUGCUGACUGUACCACUUUUAAAAGGGGUUAUUGAGAACCAGAAUACGAAUGUGAUGCUGCAGAUUGGUGAAAGAUCAUGGAAUCUGAAAUUGCUUCGAUGUUACAAUGAUAGAGCUAAGCGUCGCUUUUCGGCUGGUUGGUGCGCGUUUGCCAAGGAAAGUGGAGUGCAAGCAGCAGAUGUUUGUGUGUUUGAACUGAUAAACAAGAAAAAUUUAGUUUUUAAAGUUCAUGUUUUUUAAAACGUCCGUUGUUAAUGUAUCUGUUUGAAAAUGUUAUUUUGAGUGAUGGUAACUUUAGUUGAGUAACAAUGUUUGUGAAGUGUAGUUU